AACCCUCCUCCUAUAUAAAUCAUUCUCUUCUCCUUACUCCCUCACAACCUCACCCACUCCGCUAUCUCAUCACAAUGGCCUCGUCUCUUGUUCUCCAACUAUUCCUCUUUGCUUCUCUCCUCCAUUCCAGUUCUGCCUCCAGAACUCUCUCCCACUCAUCAUCCCAGAACUUCAAGUUCCAGUACCACAAAGGGCCGCUCCUUUCUGGCCCCAUCUCUGUCCACCUCAUCUGGUACGGUAAGUUCUCUCCUUCCCAGAGAGCCAUCGUCUCCGAUUUCAUCACUUCCCUCUCCUCCUCCAAUCCUUCCGCGACCCAACCCUCCGUCGCCGCCUGGUGGAAAACCAUUCAGAAAUUCUACAACCCCAAGGUCUCCCUCUCACUCGCUUCCCAAGUCCUCGACGACUCCUACUCCAUGGGCAAAUCUCUCACAACUCAGCAGGUUGCCAAGCUUGCAUCCAAGGGUGGCCAGAAAGAUGCCAUCAACGUGGUUCUCACGGCUGCUGACGUCGCCGUCGACGGGUUCUGCUCCAGCCAGUGCGGCACUCACGGUACUUCGGUGGGCGCUCCUUUGCGCGGGAAGAAACACAAGACCGCUUACAUCUGGGUCGGUAACUCGCAGACUCAGUGUCCUGGUCAAUGCACGUGGCCAUUCCACCAGCCUAUUUAUGGUCCUCAGAACCCACCCCUGGUUGCGCCCAACAACGAUGUGGGACUCGAUGGUAUGGUGAUCAACGUGGCGAGCCUGUUGGCCGGAACCGUCACCAACCCCUUUGGCAAUGGUUUUUUUCAGGGACCAAAAGAGGCGCCACUGGAGGCGGCUUCAGCUUGCACCGGCGUCUAUGGCAAAGGAGCCUACCCAGGCUACGCCGGGAACCUCUUGGUGGACUCAGUCACGGGCGCCAGCUAUAACGCAAAUGGGGUUAAUAGCAGAAAAUAUCUGUUGCCUGCACUUUAUGACCCCACCACCUCUUCUUGUUCUACGCUGGUAUAACACGGGAUGCAUGCUGCAGAAGUUCAGAUUGGUUACCGAUGUUUUCGGCAUUGAGAAAUAUUCUUUGAUUCCUUCAUUCUUUUUCCUGUGACAUGGAAUAAAUAUCUCAUUUACGUAUAAUCAAGACAACUAUAUUUCUAUCUA